AUGCUUGCAUUACUAGCGCCGAAGAAGGAUGGCACUUGGCACAUGUGCUGCGAUAGUCGCACGAUCAAUAGGAUAACGGUUAAAUACCAUUUUUCGAUCCCGCGAUUACAAGACUUAUUCGACAUGAUGACAGGAGCCACUAUCUUUUCAAAGAUAGAUCUACGCACUGGUUAUCAUCAGGUCAGGAUACGCCCAGGGGACGAGUGGAAGACCACCUUCAAGAUCAAGGAGGGCUUGUACGAGUGGAAGGUCAUACCAUUUGGCCUCUCCAAUGCGCCCAGUAUGUUCCAGAGGCUAAUGAACGAGGUUUUACGCCCAUUCAUUGGCAAGUCCAUUGUAGUAUACUUCGACGACAUCUUGGUCUAUAGCGGUACCCGAGACUCCCACCUCCAACACUUACGACAAGUGUUUAAGGCACUUCGAUAG